CGAUAAUAAACCGUGAACAAGGCUGUGCUAAAAGUAGUGACAACGAGGGGGCUGUAAAGCCUUUGAGUUUGUAUUGUUUUCAACAAUACACAUAUAGUUAGCUUCAUUUUUUGUAGGGUUUAGACAGUUAUAUUGUGUGCAAGGAAAUAAACUCGGCAAAAGCUUAGGAAAACUGAACAGAAGAAGAAGGCCGCGCCAUGGCGUCAGCAUCUGCCAGUGUGGAUUCCAAGGCAGAGCUGACUGCUUUGCUGGAACAGUGGGAGAGGGAGCAACAGGGCAGCACACAAGACCUGGUCAAUAUCCUCACCAAAAUCUCAGAAUUGGUGGAAAGGGAAACGGAGGAAUACCAUAAAGCUGAUCCGGAUCCUUUUGAUGACAGGCAUCCUGGGAGAGCUGAUCCAGAGUGUGUUUUGGGACACCUUCUCAAGAUCCUUUUCAAGAAUGAUGAUUUCAUGAAUGCACUGGUGAACAGCUAUGUGAUGACGAGCAGAGAGUUCUCUCUCAACACGUCCGCCUGUCGCCUGCUGCAGAACAUCAUGCCCGGCCUUGAGACAGCUGUGGUUUUUCAGGAAAAGGAGGGCAUCGUUGAGAGGCUGUUUAAGUGGGCCCAGGAGGCUGAACAGCCCCUAAGGAUCUAUGCCACAGGCCUUUUAGCAGGAGCCAUGGAGAACCAGGACAUCGCUGCCAACUACAGGGAGGAGAACUCUGUUCUGGUGCCUCUGAUGUUGCAGCGCCUACGUGAGCUUCAGGACAAGGAUGCUGUGAACAGAAGGGAGUUUAAGAGGCCCAGCCCCCGGAAGGCCUUGGGUGAGCCAUUGCUUCCUCUGGACGAGGAGACCGUUGACGGUGGUUUUGAGGACGGCCCCUUCACCCUGGGCAGGAACGGGCCCGAAAGGGACGAGAAGGGACCAGACGAGGUCAGAUCGGAAAAUGUGUUCACCGCCCGCGAGCCUGCGAAUGACCUGUCUUUCCACCUUGCCUCUCUUCACAAGACCAGCAGCCGUGCCAACUCCACAGUUAAAACCAUGAUGAAGCCCGUCUCUGCUCCUAACUCCCUGAUGCACUGUGACGUCUCUGACGGAAGGGCAGAGGGGAGCAGUCACCUGAAGAGGAGGGCAGAGAGGGAGAACGGGCGCAAGGCCAAACAGAAGCUGAACUUCUCACUGCCUGAGCCCGAAAGAAACUUUAACGAGCUGUCCAAUAGCAGCUGGUCUGAAAUGAGUCCAUGGGUGAUUGGGAACAACUAUCACCUUUACCCUCUGACCCCAGAGAUAGAGCAGAGGCUCAUCCUGCAGUACCUGACUCCCCUGGGGGAGUACCAGGAGCUCCUGGCUGUGUUCAUGCAGAUGGGGGCUCGAGAGCUGCUCAUGCACUACAUGGACCUAAAGCAGACCAAUGACGUACAGCUCACCUUCGAGGCUCUCAAGUACCUGGCCUCUCUGCUCCUGCACAAGAAGUUUGCAGCAGAGUUUGUAGCUCAUGGGGGGGUUCAGAAGCUGCUGGAGAUACCCAGACCAUCCAUGGCUGCCACGGGGGUGUCUCUCUGUCUCUACUACCUGGCCUACAACCAGGAUGCUAUGGAGCGGGUGUGCAUGCUUCCCCAUUCGGUGCUGUCUGAUGUGGUGGGCUACACCCUGUGGCUGCUGGAGUGUUCUCACGCGUCAGGCUGCUGCCACGCCACCAUGUUCUUCUCCAUCUCCUUCUCCUUCCGAGCCGUGCUGGAGCUCUUCGACAGGCAGGACGGCCUCCGUCGCCUCGUCAACCUGAUCAGCACGUUAGAGAUCCUGAACCCUGAGGACCAGGGGGCUCUGCUGAGCGAUGAUGCCAUCUUCUCCAGCAGGCAGACUGCCAAACACACCUGCAUGGCCCUGCGGAGGUACUUCGAAGCCCACCUGGCUAUCAAAGUGGAGCAGGUCAAGCAGUCCCUGCAGCGGACUGAAGGGGGCGCUCCCAUCCACUCCCAGCCUUACUACAAGGCGUGCAGCUACACCCACGAGCAGGUGGUGGAGAUGAUGGAGUUCCUGAUUGAGUACGGCCCAGUGCGGCUGUACUGGGAGCCAGCAGAGGUCUUCCACAAGCUGUCCUGUGUGCAGCUCCUGCUGCAACUCAUCUCCAUCGCCUGUGACUGGAGGACCUACUACGGCAGGAGUGAUACAGUGCGCUACGCCCUGGACAUCCUGAGCAUCCUGACUGUGGUGCCUAAGACCCAGCUGCUGAUGGCUGAGUCUGUGUCGGUGCUCUCCGACGAGGGGGGCGCCACAACCUCCAUCGUGGGGAUGAGCAUAGUGCUGUUGGUGGCGGAGGGGGAGGUGUUCGUGAACGACGCUGAGAUCCAGAAGUCGGCCCUGCAGGUGGUCACCAACUGUGUGUGCGCCCCUGACAAGCGCAUGUCCAGCAUCGGCAAGUUCAUCUCGGGCACGCCUCGCCGCCGCCUGCCCCAGCAGACCAAGACCAGCGAGAGCGUGCUCACCAAGAUGUGGAACGUGGUCCAGUCCAACAACGGCAUCAAGGUGCUGCUGUCCCUGCUGACGGUGAAGAUGCCCAUCACAGACGCAGACCAGAUCCGGGCCCUGGCCUGCAAGGCGCUGGUGGGCCUGUCUCGCUCCAGCUCCGUCAGGCAGAUCAUCAGCAAGCUGCCCCUGUUCAGCAGCGGACACAUCCAGCAGCUGAUGAAGGAGCCCGUGCUGCAGGACAAACGCAGCGAGCACGUCAAGUUCUGCAAGUUUGCCGCCGAGCUCAUCGAGCGGGUGUCUGGGAAGCCCCUGCUGAUCGGCACGGACGUGUCUCUGGCCUGGCUGCAAAGGGCCAACGUGGUAGCCCAGUCGAGGAUAUCCUUCCCUGAGAAGGAGCUGCUCCUUUUGAUCAGGAACCACCUAGUGGCCAAAGGCCUGAACGACACGGCCACCAUCCUGACCAAAGAGGCCGACCUCCCCAUGGCUCUUCUGUCCCACCCUUCCUCCAGCACCUUCCCCCCCGUCACUGUCCCUCCUCCCCCUGUUUCCCCCGCCACCGCCCUUCCCCGCACCCCGCGGCUGGCCAAUGGGGUUGCGGCACGCCUCGCGAGCCUCGCCUCCCAUUCGUCAAGCCCACUGUCGGUCCACCCCCAGCCCCGCCCAUCUACAUCACAAGCCCUCGUCGCUCCUCCCUUGUGUCCCUCCACGUCCGGCCCUCACCAGAGCAACGGCUCGCCCCUCAUCGGGCGGAUCGUGUUCACGCGGGAGCGCCCGUCGCCGUGCGGCGUGGUGAGCUGCAAGAAGCCUCGGGUGCUGAGGCAGAAGUCCGACCACGGGGCCUUCAGCCAGAGCCCCGCCAUGAAGAAGCAGCUGGACCGACACCUGCCCUCCCCCCCCGCCCUGGACAGCAUCAUCACCGAGUACCUGAGGGAGCAGCACGCGCGCUGCAAGAACCCGGUGACCACCUGCCCCCCCUUCUCCCUCUUCACCCCGCACCAGUGCCCCGAGCCCAAGCAGAGGCGGCAGGCGCCCACCAACUUCACCUCCCGGAACACGCGCAGGGUUGUUUACCCCAAAUACGGAGGGGUGGACGGGGGCUGCUUCGACAGACACCUCAUCUUCAGCAGGUUCCGGCCCAUCUCGGUGUUCAGGGAGGCGGAUGAGGACGAGAGUGGCUUCAUGUGUUGUGCCUUCUCAGCCCGCGAGCGCUUCCUGAUGCUGGGCACGUGCACGGGCCAGCUCAAGCUCUACAACGUGUUCACGGGGCAGGAGGAGGCCAGCUACAGCUGCCACAGCUCGGCCAUCACUCACCUGGAGCCGUCCCGGGACGGCUCUCUGCUGCUGACGUCGGCGUCGUGGAGUUUCCCUCUGUCUGCGCUGUGGGGCAUGAAGUCAGUGUUCAUCAUGAAGCAUUCCUUCCUAGAUGACCAUUACGUGGAGUUUAGUAAACUUUCGCAGGACAGAGUCAUCGGCACAAAGGAACACAUCGCUCACAUCUACGACAUCCAGACAGGCCUGAAGACGCUGACCCUGAACAACCCUGACCUGGCCAACAACUACAAGAGGAACUGCGCCACCUUCAACCCCACAGACGACCUGGUGCUGAACGACGGCGUGCUGUGGGACGUGCGCUCGGCCCAGGCCAUCCACAAGUUUGACAAGUUCAACAUGAACAUCAGCGGGGUGUUUCACCCCAACGGCCUGGAGGUCAUCGUCAACACGGAGAUUUGGGACUUGCGGACCUUCCACCUCCUCCACACUGUCCCAGCGCUGGACCAGUGCAGGAUCGUCUUUAACAACAACGGCACUGUGAUCUAUGGAGCCAUGUUACAGGCCGACGAUGAGGAUGACAUGAUGGAGAUGCAGAUGAAGACUCCCUUUGGCUCCUCUUUCCGGACCUUCAACGCCACAGACUACAAACCCAUCGCCACCAUCGACGUGAAGAGGAAUAUAUUUGACCUGUGCACAGACACGAAAGACUGUUACCUGGCUGUGAUUGAGAACCAGGACUCGGUCAACACAGACACUGUGUGCAGGCUGUACGAGGUGGGCCGCCAGAGACUGGCGGAGGAGGAAGAGGAUGAGGAAGAUCAGGAGGACGACGACCAGGAGGAGGACGACGAUGACGACGAGGACGACUCUGACGAGGACCUGGACACGGACCCCCUGAUCGCAGAGCUGGAGAACGACAACGGGGGCGAGGAGGACGAGGAGGACGGCAACGACGACUUCUCCCCCUCCGACGACGAGGAGGUGGCUCGUCUACUGGAGGAGGACGACGAGGACGAGGACGACGAGGAUGACUCGGACGAUAACGAGGAAGAUGUGGACCUCGCAGCGGACAACACAGACAGCUCUGACAACUCAUACCUUGAGGAUGACAUCAUCCUAUCCCUGAAUGAGUGAGCUGCUGUCAGGAGCUGGGACAGAGGAGCUGGGACAGCGAGGACUGCGCCCCUGGCACAGCGCUGUGGGGACACGUGUGACACGGUUAGACAGACGGAGGAGAGCACUGCCAGUUCAACUGUUGGAGGCAUUAACCCCUGAAGCAGGGGACCUGGGGAGGAGUGGACAGGAGGAGUAAGAGGUGCCAAAGGAGACCUCCUCACAGACCAGAGGGAGGACAUCCUGGAAAUGUGCAGAGUCCUUGAGGAAGGAAAACCAGAUUAGUAUAUGAUAUAGUUUUCUAUGACAUGGUGAGCUUUGUGGGUUUAAAAAAGAAAAAAAGGAAAGGAAAUGAAAAAAAAAAUCUGUUUAUGGCCUAAUUUUCCAAGGUUAUUUUAUAUUUUCAUCUGACAAAGGAGUUCCACCUUUUGAACCCUUUGACCCCUUUGACUUUCCUCAUUUCAGUCCAUUUUAGUCCAACUAAAAUAGACUGGAUUUGUGAGGGAUGAGCUGUCUCAGAUUCAUCUCUGCCUCCUCGCAUAUGGCCAGACAUGGACUGACGUGUGGCGUUAGACACUCUCUGUAGCACGCACACAUAUGCACACGUUGCCAAGCGUCUAGCCCAGUGGAGCCAAACAGGACACAUCCUCAGGGGCACCUCCACUCUACCAACAUGUCACCAUACAAAUGUCCAUGACCAAAAUGUCACUUACAACGUGCCAUCAAGACAUAUUGCCUCUGUGUUUCACUGUAGUCAUAGGAAUGGAAGAAAUAUGGUGCUCUUAAAAAAACUGUACACUCGAUAAUGAAAGUGUAAAACUGCUGACUUGAAGUGGGCCUAUUGUUGGUACAUGACAUGACAAGGCCUUAAAGGUUGCCUUCCAUUAUUUAGUUGAUUUUCAGUGAUGAACAGCGUAUUAAUUAGGCUUUAAUUGAUAUUGCUUCAGUGGACCUCAGGGCCGUGUUCUGAUAGAGAGGAACAUAGGCUUUAUUUUCCGUUGAGUUGUAUACGCAUGGUGGGUGUUUUGAAAAUUACAGCAAGCCUUUCUUAUGCUUCAUUUUACGCCACACAUUGUGUUUUUUUUUUGGUCUUAUCGAGUGCCAGAGACAGAACUUGAAAACUGCAUUUGACACAACUGGUGCAGAUUACAGUUGGUUUGCAGAGGUGGUUUGUUUUCAUGUUGCUGUUGGAUACUGAUAGGCGGCUUGAGAAUCUGUUUGAGGACAGCAUGAUCAUCAAGCCAUAACUUCUACAGUAUGUGUUCACAACAUGGCUUGCCAACAUCGUAAACAUUUCGUGAUUGCUGUAGUUUAUGGUUUUUGGAUUGUUUGAUAUCAUUUCAAUAUUUUGCCACCUCUGGUCUCUCUUUCAUGUUGAGAUAAUUAAAAAAUGUUGCUGUACAAAAUGUAUCAAAAGUAUUUUUACUAUAAAUAAAAUGAAAAGUCAAAGCU